AUGAUAUCAAGUUUUCGUGUUUCUGAACUACAAGUGUUGCUGGGGUUUGCGGGGCGGAAUAAAAGCGGGCGGAAACAUGACCUCCUGAUGAGGGCACUGCACUUACUGAAGAGCGGCUGCAGCCCAGCAGUUCAGAUCAAGAUCCGGGAACUCUACAGGCGUCGGUACCCGCGGACAAUUGAAGGACUUUCAGACCUGUCAGCCAUAAAACCUGCUGUUUUCAACUUGGACAGCAGUCCCUCUCCUGUCGAGACUGACCUGGCUGUUGCUGGUAUCCACUCGCUCCCUUCUACUUCGGUCACGCCUCAGUCUCCUGCCUCGCCUGUCAGUUCUGUGCUCCUCCAGGACACUAAGCCCCACUUUGAGAUGCAGCAGCCAUCUCCUCCGAUUCCACCCGUUCAUCCUGAUGUUCAGUUGAAAAGCCUGCCUUUUUACGAUGUGCUUGAUGUGCUCAUAAAGCCUACAAGUCUAGUACAGAGCAGUAUUCAGCGGUUCCAAGAAAAGUUUUUUAUCUUUGCUUUAACACCUCAGCAGGUCAGAGAAAUCUGUAUUUCCAGAGACUUCUUGCCAGGGGGCAGACGAGAUUACACAGUCCAAGUUCAGCUGAGGUUGUGCCUAGCAGAGACAAGCUGCCCUCAAGAAGAUAAUUACCCUAAUAGUUUGUGUAUUAAAGUGAAUGGGAAACUGUUUCCAUUGCCGGGAUAUGCUCCACCGCCAAAAAAUGGAAUUGAACAGAAGCGACCUGGACGCCCCUUGAAUAUAACCUCUUUAGUUAGGCUAUCAUCAGCAGUGCCAAACCAGAUUUCUAUUUCCUGGGCUUCUGAAAUUGGAAAGAAUUACUCCAUGUCUGUGUAUCUCGUUCGUCAACUCACUUCAGCUAUGCUUCUGCAGAGAUUAAAAAUGAAAGGCAUCAGAAACUCUGAUCAUUCCAGAGCACUAAUUAAAGAGAAACUAACUGCAGAUCCUGAUAGUGAGAUUGCCACAACCAGUCUGCGGGUAUCUCUGAUGUGUCCUCUGGGGAAGAUGAGACUGACAAUCCCAUGCCGGGCUGUUACUUGCACACACCUGCAAUGUUUUGAUGCUGCUCUUUAUCUUCAAAUGAAUGAAAAAAAGCCUACCUGGAUCUGCCCUGUCUGUGACAAGAAGGCAGCCUACGAGAGCCUCAUAUUAGAUGGGCUUUUCAUGGAAAUUCUUAAUGAAUGUUCAGAUGUGGAUGAGAUCAAAUUCCAAGAAGAUGGCUCCUGGUGCCCCAUGAGACCAAAGAAAGAAGCUGUGAAAGUCUCAAGUCCACAGUGCACCAAAAUAGAAAGUUCCAGUGUUGUUAGCAAACCCUGUUCUGUGACAUUGGCCAGUGAGGUCAGCAAGAAGAAAGUUGACGUUAUUGACUUGACAAUAGAAAGCUCUUCUGAUGAAGAGGAAGAUCCUCCUGCCAAAAGGAAGUGCAUAUUUAUGUCUGAAACACAAGGAAGCCCAAACAAAGGGGUUCUCAUGUAUCAGCCAUCUUCUGUCAGAGUGCCCAGCGUGACAACCGUCGAUGCUGCUGCUAUUCCUCCCUCGUUAACAGACUACCCGGUACCAUUCCAUCAUCCACCAAUAUCCAGUAUUUCAUCAGACUUGCCAGGUCUGGAUUUUCUUUCACUAAUCCCAGUUGAUUCACAGUACUGUCCUCCUAUGUUUUUGGAUAGUCUCACCUCAACCUUAACAAGCAGCACGCCUGGCAGCAUCAUCACAUCCAGCAGCCACCAGGAGAGCAGCACCCACGUUAUUUUUCCACAAAUGCAACGAAAUCCUAAGCUGUGA